AUGUGUGACGAACAAGCCCAGCAGGAGAACGCGCUCAUUUCUGCUCAGAACCAUGGCACUAUUCUGGUAAUGGUUGCUUGGUUUCUUGCUUGUCUAUUGGCCAUAUGCACUGUAGCAAGAAUUGUCGCUCGAUACAAGUCUGACCAUCUUCGCCAUCUUUCGUCGACAGAUGAUGUCAUCAUCGUUGCCGCAUCGAUCUUUGCUCUUGGAAGUACCGUCAUAAUAUCCACAGCCGUCAACUCCGGUUUGGGGAAGAAGAAGUGUCUUUUGAAUAAGGGAGACCUGGAGCAAAUCCAGCUCAAGCUCUUUGUCACGACGAUACUCUUCGUCCUGACAACUAGCUUAGCGAAAACCUCGGUCUUGCUAUUUCUCUAUCAUCUGGCAGACAGCACCUUCCGGAGGGCAGGCGUCCUAGCUAUCAGUGUAUUGGUAUUGGUAUGGACUAUUGCAGUUUUAGCCGGUAUGGUCUUCCAAUGCGAGUUACCCACGCCGUGGAUGGUACCUUUCUGGAUGAUUGCAACGGUUGUAGACCUCGUCCUAGAAACAGCUGUGAUCGCGCUUUCCAUGCAUCGUGUAUGGACACUUCGUGAGUCUUAUCGUCAGAAGACCUUGGCAACAUUACUAUUGUCAAUGCGUUUCAUCUUGGUCGCAGCAUCCGUCAUUCGCCUAAUCUACCUCCAGCAAGCGUAUGAUCGCAACGGAGACCCUUCUUUUGACUCGAUACCUUACACUGUUGUCACACAAGGCCAAACCAUACUCGCAGUGCUUUUCGUUUGCAGUCUCUGCCUCAAGCCUUACUCUCGCUUUCAGGUUUCUCGAUCGCAGGCCCCCAAACAAAAGUCGAGACACUCAAAACACUGGUCUGAUAGUAUCACUAUCGGCGGCACUCCCUACGAAUCAUACAACUCUUUCCCACCACCGGUUAUAAGAGAGCCCCUUUUGUCUAUACAAGCGAGUAUGUCACAACCAAAUUCUCCCGCAGCGUCCAGUCACUCAUUAAACGACGAUAUACUGCUACCUGACAUACCAGUGCCCACGCGAUCUGCCAAACGACCGCCUAGGCCCCCACCACCAAGCGAAGAGCAACGGCCAGAUCUUAGCAUGUUCACUCGGAACAUCACUAUACGGCAGCCGCCGGUGGUGACGCGACUAGGUACUUUGCAAGAGAAAGAAAGUACUAAUGGCCUGAGGGCGAGGGGCCUCGCUUGA